GAUGGGGAGGAAGUGAAAAAAAAGUCUCUUUCGGUUCCCCGUGAAAGUACUUCUACUUGUACCUGCUGCAUGGAAAAGGGAAGUAAAGACUUUUAGUGCCGCUUGUGUCCUUCAGGUGGACAAUAUUCGACCCUUUUUUGUGCCAGGGCGGACACGAUGGCGGCAAUGGACGUCCAGCAGGAGUUUAAAGACGCCGAUGAGAUUCUAGCGCCCCCCAAUGGCCCUAUGAAUGAAAUGCUGGACGUGGGGCAGGAAGAGCAGAUGGAGGAGUUUCUGGGCCCGCAGGCAGAAUACAACGAGGAAGAGGAGGAGAGAAAAUACUACAGACGGAAGAGAUUAGGAGUCAUCAAAAAUGUGGUUGCAGCCAGUAUCGGAGCCAUGAUGGUGUACAGCGUGUACAUGGGGUUGCUGCAGAUGCAGCUCAUCCUCCAUUAUGACACGACCUACCGGGAAGUCAAGUACAGCAACCUGGGUCUGGAGGACAUUGAUCGUAUGAUGCAGAGGGGCAUCAACGUCACGCCCGUCGUGGCCCUGCUUUAUACACCUGUUCUCAUCAGGUUUCUAGGAACAAAGUGGAUGAUGUUCCUCGCUUCAGGAAUCUAUGCCUUUUUUGUCUCCACCAAUUACUGGGAGCGCUACUACACUCUGGUUCCCUCCGCCGUCGCCAUCGGCGUGGCCAUCGUGCCUUUGUGGGCCUCCCUCGGAAACUACAUCACGAGGAUGGCACAGCAGUACUACGAAUACGUCAACUACAAGGAGGAGCACGUGCAGGACCAGAAGAAGAUUCCCAAAGGAGCGUGCCACAAAUACAUCAUCAUUUUCCACUCGGUCUUCAGUCUCAUCUUCCAUCUGAGCUUCAUCUUUGCUGAGUUCCCCACGUGCUUCUUCCUCAACGACCACCUGCUCAACAACGACCACGAUACCUACAACGUCCAAAAGUGCGGAGCCACAGUCCAAGGUGUGAUUCCUGGAUUUAAUACCACCGUGCUGAAAACUCUCCCAAGCUCCAUGCUGCUGAUCAAAGUGGAGAGCGUUCUCAUGGGCUUCGCCUUCCUUUCCAUGAUCAUUUUCCUCGUGCUGUGUGGCGCCGCCUACCGCCCGACGGAGGAGAUCGACCUCCGCAGCAUCGGCUGGGGAAACAUCUUCCAGCUUCCUUUCAAGCAUCUCAGGGACUACCGCCUACGACUGCUCUGCCCUUUUUUCAUCUACAGCGGACUUGAGGUCCUCUUUGCCAUCACCGGCCUGACUUUGUCCUACGGCGUCUGCACGCUGGGUCUAAAGAAGCUGUGUCUCCUCAUCAUGGUCUACGGAUGUUCUUGCUCCGUCUUCUCCUCCCUGUCCCUCGGCCUUCUGCGUCUCCCGCGAUGGACGUGUCUUACGGGAGGCGCCGCCGUGCAUUUUGUGCUUUUGGUGGUCCUCAUGGUUUUUUCCCCGACUCCCCAAAACCUUAAAUACGAGGCCCCUCUGCUGGUCAUCUCCAUCCUGUGGGGACUCGGCACGGCCCUGAACAAGACUGGAGUCAGCACCUUGCUUGGUAUUUUGUAUGCCGAGGAGAAAGAACGCCUGGACUUUGUCUACACCAUCUAUUACUGGUUGCAGGCCGUCGCCAUCUUUAUUGUAUAUCUCUGGUCCAAGCUGCCGAUGAGGGCCAAACUUGCCAUCCUGUUGACUACGUUACUGCUAGCAUGCUACUGCUACUGGGUGAUGGAGCGCCGCCUCGCCAAGAAAGUACGCCACAGACUGCCCCGCAUCCCUCGGCCAAGACACAAGGUGAAAGGCUAUCGCUACCUGGAAGAAGGCAACUCGGAUGAGUCGGACUCGGAGAGAAGCGAAGAGGAUGACGAAAAGGAUGUGGAGCACGUCGAGGAAGAGGAGCAGUCGGCAAACGAGAUGGGAGCGGAGGACACGGAGAAUGAACGCCAUGAUGGCGAAGCCACAGGAGCUGACUCGCUCAGGCCCAGGAGGAAGAGGGCGGAGGGGCAGCAGCAGCACAGAGAGGAGGACGGCCAUGUGAAGGAGGGCCAUAGAGGGUGACGGACGUUCAGAUGGGAGGAAGAGGGUGAGCGGUGUCGCCUUGUGUUGUUCAUGCAAUUUGGGAUCAUAAUUGAAUGAUCUUUAAGACCAUAAUUAGCUAAUUCACAUGAACGGGUGCAGGGAAUUCACCAAAAUGGCAGCUGUUGUAUUUCUGGACAACAAAAGAGCAUUUUAAUGGACAUAUUUUACUAACCGGAAAAAGUGUCUCCAAACCUUUGAAUGCGAUCAGAAAGUGUCUCCAAAACCUUUUAGUGGUAGCAGUAUGAGUCAAAAGUUUGGAGACACUUUAACAUUCUAUAACAUGGGACACUGUCUCCAAACUUUUGAGUCAAAAGUUUUGAAACACUUUAUCAUUCAAUAAUAUGAGACAGUGUCUCCAAACUUAUGACUAUUAUUGCUCACAGUCAAAAGUGUGGAGACAAUGCCUCAUGUUAUUGAAUGAUAGUGUCUCAAACACUGUCUCAUGUUAUUGAAUGAUAAAGUGUCUCCAAACACUGCCUCAUGUUAUUCAACGAUAAAGUGUCUCAAAACUUUAAAACUUUUGACUCAAAAGUUUUGAGACACUGUCUCGUGUUAUUGAAUGAUAAAGUGUCUCCAAACUUAUGACUCUUAUUGCUUAUCAUUCAAUAACAUGAGACAGUGUUUGAGACACUUUAUCAUUCAAUAACAUGAGGCAGUGUCUCCAAACUUUUGACUGUGAGCAAUAAUAGUCAUAAGUUUGGAGACACUUUAUCAUUCAAUAACAUUAGGCGGUGUCUCAAAACCUUUGAUUCAAAAGUUUGGAGACACUAUCAUUCAGUAACAUGACAGUGAGCAACAUAACUGUAACAUAACAUAACUUUGAGCAAUAAUAAGCCAUAAUAGUCAUGAGUUUGGAGACACUUUAACAUUCAAUAACAUGAGGCGGUGUCUCCAAACUUUUGAGUCAAAAGUUUAAAAGUUUUGAGACACUUUAUCAUUGAAUAACAUGAGGAAGUGUCUUCAAACACAUUUCAUGAUUUGGCUCCGAGACGUUGUGAAGCAGGAGUAUCAAACUUUUUUGUGCCACAUGCUGAAAAAUCCAACGCUAGACGCUAAAGGGGUCAUUUUCACAUUUUUCAUAUAUUGACAACAAAUAUAAUAUAUAUAUUAUUAUUUGCAUCAACAUUUCAACUGUCUUUUUGCUGUACAUGAUGCUAAGUGCUAAUGUUGGCACGUGCCAGAUUGUGAGCGAUACCAGAUAUCAUUAGUUAUUGAAAUAUUGUGCUGGUUGUUGUCCUGUGUUCCUCCGCAAUAUGAAAUAUCAAAUAUAUUAUACCCAAAUAUCAUUACACUUGUUGCAUCAUAUCUUCACAUGACUCCUAUUCUUCAACUAGCGUAGUCCAACCUCGCUGCUGGUGGGCGGGAUGCAAUGGUGACAAACAGGAAUAUCCAUCCACGGUUGGCUGUAGCAUAACAGGGAGGCGGAUACAGCGACACCUGGAAGAGCCGUAGUGUUGGGAACAUGGGAGUAUGGGACCAGAUGAAUCCGGGGGCCUCCUUCCACGGUAAGAAGGAAGAUGAUUCAGCCUGAAAGAACCUUGUGUUGUGUUCAAGUGUUAGGGUUCUGGUUUGGGUG